AUGGCAUAUCAUCUGUUGGUUGUGGAUCAUGUCACUCGAGUACUCGACCAAACUUCACUAGUUGAGCAUGGGUCGUUCUAUAUUAUACAAGCAUGGGUGACCUUUCCACUCCCGGAUGCCGACCUCCGCAAGCAGGUGUAUGACAUCACCGACGCGCUCACCAUGCUCCGAGCUGUGUCCUACUCGCUACGCGGCCUCGUCGCCCUCCUCCACGCCAUCUCCGGCCAGAAGCUGCCGCUGCACGAGAUCCUCAAGUACCUCUGCUACACGCAGUGCGACCUCUCAGUCAUACUCCAGGCACAUUUGCACCAAGAUGGGAGCUCUCCCAACCCUUUCACCGCUGCCGCCACCGCCGGUAAGCACCCUCAAGCGUAUUCCAUGGCAGCAUUUUUCGCAUCCUUGGCACCGACGAAGUUGGACCGUCUCUGGUCGUUGAUGAUGAGUUCCACCGCCAACAACGCCCCGCUGUCCCAGGAGUCUUUGACCCAGAUAUAUAGCAUCCUCAGAGAUGUAACCUUGGCGACGACGAUGCCAUGGCAGUCAAGUCCUCCGAAACUCGGCAACACGGCCUUGAGCAUUCUGGCAAGUAAGAGGGAAUCCUAUGAUCACGAGCAACGCUUCAUCCGCGGCAAGAUCGAACAACUGCUGCAGGAAUAUGCCCGUAGCCAUCCUUCCGAACCGAAAUAUGAUCUGGAUUUCAUAUGCGGUGUGGCCUUCGCUGGUGAGCCUACCUACGAUCGAUGCUACCACGUCAAUUUCAUGGCGGCCACCAAAUCGACCUUCAGGAACACGCUCUUUUUCGCCGAAUUUCGGGGAGGGUAUCAGAAUCUGUCCAAGACAUCCAUCUGUUGCCCUCUGCCCCAACCGUAUGAUAUGGGUCGUUGCUAUUAUGGCCCGAAUUCGGCACGUAAGAUCGUUUAUCCGGAUCAUUCCAACAGCUACUUCUCGAGCGACAUUACUCAAGGCGGCCUUGAAGACACGGAAGCCACACUAGAAAUCGACUUUUUGUACUUCGAUUCCGGGAGGGACGUGGAGGUGGCGAAGGAGUUGCAGAGGAUUGCAAAGCAGCAGGACGUCAUGCAACAAAGGUGGACUACUGGAAGGAUGUCUGAAUGGAGUACGUCUGCUCCAUGCUAAUUGUUUCAACCCCUUGACUGAGUGCCUGUCAAUUAGGUUAUUUAAUAUGUGGGCGCAUCUAU